AUGUUUUCGCAAGAUGACGAGAGUGCCGCAUACCUUAUGGUAUCAACUGGACCCUUGAGCCGAGCAGUUUGCUACGACUGCAUUCCAUUUUUGUUUGCCGUGUUUACGAUCCGAUCUGUUUUUGUGGACAAGUUGUCCACAACGAUCGGUCGAAAGUCCGUCGACACCUGUUCUCCCUUCUCACCCAAUACGCACAGCCACUCUAUGAAUGUUAUCUGGCUUUUGGAAUUCUCCAGCAGUCAGAAACGACACCACCGGUUAUCCACGCAUAUAACUUUGAGAAUGUCACGAUACGCAGGUGAACUUUAG